AUGGAAUCCAGCACUGGCGACAUUUCACACCUUCUGACAAACCUCGCCAAGCCAAAGACGUCCGCUACCCUCACGCUCAGAAUAAUCAAAUCUUUUGAGUAUCGCACAGAAAAGAGUCUUGUUCUACAUGAUGUCAACCUCGAGACAACCACAGUCGAUGGCCUCAAAGCAAGGGCGUGUGAAGCUAUCAAGACUCUACCAGGAUGGAAGGCAUAUCGCACUCUAGCGGACCCAAAGAACGCAGACGAUGAAAAGAAAGGGCUGGACACUAUCAAACUCUACACCAAGGCACACGGUGCCAAGACGACCAACUUGAUCAUAAAUCUCGACCACGAUGAAUGGAUUCUCGAAGAUGGAUCCAAGGCCCUUUCCGAAGUUGGAUUUGAAAACGAAACAGAGGCCAGUUUUUUCAACCGAGCUGCAUACGAAGCGUUCAAACUAAAUCCUCAGGUUUGCGCAUAUUCUUAA